AUGGCGCCGAGGUCGAUUCUGGUGAUAAACCCCAAUUCGUCGAUUUCGAUAACCAAUUCUCUAAGGCAGAUGCUAGAGCCUCUAGUUCCAGCUGAUACGAUCCUAUCUUUCUAUACUGGCCCCCCUACUGCGCCGAAGUCUAUCAACGACAACGAAACGUCGGCGCGUUCAGCCGAUAUUUGUCUCCCGGAACUGAUAUCUAUGCUCCAACUCCAUGCGGGUUUUGUAGUCGCCUGUUACUCAGAACAUUCUCUCGUACCGUUAUUACGACAGUAUACCAAAAAACCGGUCGUGGGUAUUUUCGAGGCAAGCAUAACACACGCGCUGCUGCUGAAGGGUCCUGGUGGCUGGGGUAUCGUUACAACCGGCAAGAUUUGGGAAGACCUGCUCAGCAUAGGUGUAGGGAACUUCGUUGGUGAAGACGUAGGUGGGUUUGAGGGUGUGGAAAGUACUGGUCUGAAUGCCGAUGAACUUCAUUCUGUCGGCGACGAUGAAGUAAAGAAGAGGAUUGGAGACGCGGUCGUCAGACUAGUAGGUCGAGGAGACGUUCGAGUGAUCUGCUUGGGAUGCGCGGGAAUGGCUGGCCUAGGCGCCGCAGUAACAAUGGCCUUAGAGCCCUUGGGCAAAUCGGUAUAUAUAGUUGACGGAGUGAAAGCGGGGGUAAUGCAGGUAGACAGCCUGAUAAGAUCUGGGUACGGAGACGAGAUAUGA